ACUCUGGUUGUUUUGUAGGCUACUAUCGAACUAUCUCUGAUGUCAUGUAAUACUGCACAAUAAUUUUCAGAUUUAAUAUUAGGUUGGUUUGUUGUUCUGGAUAGAGAGGUCGUCGUUGUUGUUGAUGUUGCUUGUCGUUUGAUGUCCCUGUUGUGCCUUAAAAACUGUAGGGCAUGUCAUAUAACUAAAGUAUGCAGUUUAAAUGUUUCAAAUAUUGGUCAUGUCUUGAUAAAAGCGGCUUAAUUAAAAAUAGAAGGCUGAAUAAAAGGCUAAAGGUUACAUUCCCAUUUGGAACAGCUUUUAUUGCAUAAGUAAAACAGUAUUUGUAUUUGAAGAAGUUUCUGUGAGAGGGUUGUACAAUUCAGUAUGACGAUUAAACAAUUUGUUUAAUUUGAUUAUAUUAGCCUAUUCCGUGCAUUGCACUUGCGUUAAGUGUUGUGGUCCUUGUUUUAGAAAAAUUUGAUGUUUCGAGCAAUUACAAUUUUGCCUAAUGAUGAGAUUCGUAAUAACGGUCUAGUUCGUGUUUUUUUAAGUAGAUAAUUGAAUCGAUGCUACAAAUAAUCACAGAAGUACAGUCUUUACCCCAAAAGCUUCUUAGUUAGGACUUGGAAAAUUAUCGUAGGAGUGCUGAAGUGUACGAUAAAGAGACAAACUAUGCAGUCACCUGCAGGACAACUGCAAAAUUACACCUAAACUUAUUACAGACUAUUUAGUUUAUAUAUGUACAAUAUGCGAUAGACUUUGCAAUGUGACUUUAAAAUUAUUCAAUUCAUUAAAAAAUUAUAUAAAUAUUAUGUAUUUAUUUGUUCAGCAAGCAAAGCGUAGAAAUCUUCCAGAACGCUCCUAAGCGCUCAUUUCCGUCGUUGUCAGGGAAAGGGGACCUAUAGGAUGUUAAUUUUUUUAUAUGUAAAAUCUUUCAAUACAAAAGAAGACAAUUAAUAACAGCUGGGCAUAAUUCUGCAAACCUUUUAUGUGAAUGACGAGGUAAAUGGUGGUACAUUAAAACUACCACUAGGUGGUGAUCUACUACUUUGCUGGCAGCACAAGCAGGUUUGAGUUCGUUUGUUCAAGCUAACCUAAAAUGUAGCUGAUGCUGAAAUAUGGAGUGAAACGAUACGGAAUCAUUCCAGAUCCUGGAUUUCAGAUUAUUAAUUUUUUUUCAUAGCAUUUUAGUUAUACAGAGAGUGGUCUUGUCAGGUUGCUUGGAAUAUCUGCAAUACCAGAAUGUGUAGACCUCUUGGUAUUGCCACAGUGUCUCUGCUUUGUUUUAUCUAACGGAAUGUAUACAUUGCUGUGUGUAGACUGUUUCACUCGUUCUUAAAAAUCAGUUUCUAAUUUUAUUUUGUUAAGCUGUCACAUUUAAACGAAAGCUGCACGAUGAAUGGAUAUCUGUAUCUUAAAUCCACCGGAGCUGUCGGAAAGGUGUUGAACUAAGGCAAAAAUAGUAGAAAAAAUCGUUGUACAGCUGAAUUUUAACAAUGCACUUUAAAGCGUUAAUUCUGAGGUUCUCAUUAAUAAAUGAAUGUUUCUACGUAUUGCUUAGUAAUGUCGGUUACAAGCGUUUUCAUUUAAAUGUGUUUGACCAAAGACCAGCUUCUACUUUGUCACCGCUUAGCGCUUUUCAUCAUCCUAAGAUGCUGAUGUUUUUUUCUGCUGGUACCUCAGUCCGUCACGGUAACAGGCAGAACAAUGGAAAUUCCAUUAAAGUUCUGCUCUUUUUAAAUAUUUCAAUAUUUUUUUUAAAUAUUUCUUUAGUAUUUAGAGACAUUUUCUCGUAUGCUCUUAAAACAUUUAUUGACAAUUAAAUGUAUUUAUAUGCUAAAAUAAAUUAGAAAAGAUAGGCCAGACUUUUAUGUUGUGCAGCGUCUUUUGAAUCGUUUAUUUUCGAAGACAUAUAUUUUUUAGAAUUAAUCAGACUGAAUCAUAACUUUAAAAAACAUCCUGUUUUCAACCAAAUAUAGAGGAAUUAUCGGGAGUAUUUUAAGUGAGUACACUAUUCUCGAGAUUCAAAUGUUUUUUUGUUUUUUUUUUGCCACUGAUUUUAUAUUCUUGUUGACGAUUGUUUAUUUCAAACGUCUAGUUGCGCAUGUCUUUGAAUCUGCUAAAUCCGUUAGACAUUCUGGUACGCGUGUUUUGUGUGCAGGUCACGGCGCAUUGUUUCGGCAGAUACAAUUUUUCUACCGCAGAGUCGUUACCCUCUGAAUGACCCCAUCGCGUGCUCGCCUCCAGUCUGAUGGUUUAGGUAGUCCCGCUUCUAACCAGAGGGUGGCGCGCCGCUACAAUCUUGCGGCGCACACAUCAGCUAGUUCAGUGAAACUCUUGUUGCGCGCUCCCGUGUCCAAACAAUUCCACCCUGAUUUCCUGCUUACGCGUGAGUUUACCGCUGGAGGUCACAGAAUAGGAUUUACGACUGGUCAACAAAAACACGUGACUCUAAGCCGUACCCCAUAUUUGGGAGUCUACGUAAGGGAGCAUUAAGUCUGUGUCUCACUCAUUUCCAUAAUUCAUCAUAAAUUGUGCAAGGGUGCAAUAGAAGCUCAAAACCAUCAAGAGACACAAAUCAAACACACACGGUAGAAUUCUUCUCUCUUUAAGGGUAGUUGUAGCAACUAAAAAUAAUUAUAAGGUAAUUGUCAACCAAUGAGCUCUUAUUUUGUGAACUCAUUUUGCGGUCGCUAUCCAAAUGGCGCGGACUAUCCCUUACAUAACUAUGGAGAUCACAGCUCUAGUGGCCAAUGCAGAGAUUCUACGGGCAUGCAUUCGGGCAGGUAUGCUUUUGGCUACAAUGGAAUGGAUCUCAGCACCGGGCGUUCUACCACCGGACACUUUCUCUCAUCUGGUGAGCAAACUCAAAGCUACACAGACAGUCCAACUGCGACGCCUGUCCGGUACAAUCAGCCGGUUACCGCGGGCAGCGCUGAGCCUUCCUCUGACCCUCUCCCCUGCUCAUCCAUAGCCAACUCUCCUGUCAGCGAGCAGUCACACCGCGCCCUGAAAACCUCACUACCGAGCACAGCUGGCUCUGCGACCAACAGCGGCGGGACGGUUCUCAGUCGCGAGGACGUCUCUAAAGCGUCCAGCACUAUGGAGGAAGAAAAGCCACCGGGAAGUGCGCAGACAGCUGCACAGAAUGUAUCCGAGGCGCCGCAGAUUUAUCCAUGGAUGCGAAAACUUCAUAUAAGUCAUGACAGUUUGGCCGGACCGGAAGGGAAAAGGCCCAGGACAGCCUACACACGCUACCAGACACUUGAGCUUGAGAAGGAGUUCCACUUCAACCGCUACCUGACACGUCGCCGACGAAUUGAGAUUGCACACACGCUCUGUCUCUCAGAGAGACAAAUCAAAAUAUGGUUUCAAAACCGAAGAAUGAAAUGGAAAAAGGACAACAAGUUGAAGAGUAUGAAUAUGGCGGCUGCAGGGAGCGGAUACCGGCCGUGAAAA